CAAUGGCUACCACUACAGCCACCAUUUUCACUCUCCCAAAGCUCUACAAAUCCACCAUUCCAAAACCCAUUUCUUUUCUUUCCUCAAAACCAACUCUCUCCUCUUCAUUUUCCAUUUCUUCUUUCAAGGUACAACACCCAAAGCGCAACGUACAACAACCCCUUGCAUACACCACCACUUCAAGAAUCUCCGCUACAAUCUCUGUUGGAGACAAAUUACCCAAUUCCACACUUUCCUACUUAGAUUCAUCAGAUGAACUCAAAACCCUUUCUGUCUCUGACCUCACAUCUGGGAAAAAGGUUGUCCUUUUUGCUGUACCAGGUGCAUUUACACCAACAUGUUCACAGAAACAUCUUCCAGGUUUUGUGGAGAAAUCCAAGGAGCUAAAAUCCAAAGGGGUUGAUACAAUUGCUUGUAUUUCGGUUAAUGAUGCGUUUGUGAUGAAAGCUUGGAAGGAAAAUUUGAAUAUCAGUGAUGAAGUGUUGUUGCUGAGUGAUGGGAAUUUGGAGUUUACAAAGGCAAUUGGGUGUGAACUUGACCUUACUGAUAAGCCUAUUGGACUUGGUGUUAGGUCUAGAAGAUAUGCUAUGCUUGUUGAUGAUGGAGUUGUUAAGGUUUUGAAUUUGGAAGAAGGUGGAGCUUUCAAUGUUAGCAGUGCUGAAGAUAUUCUCAAGGCCCUUUAGAGGUUUUGUUUAUUUGUUUUGAGGAAAUGUUGAUGAUAAUCAUGUGGCUUAAAUCCUAUUUUCAAGUGUUUCAUUUACUAGUCUUGUGAUGAAUAAUACGGAUGUUUUUAGAGAUUAUGGAUCUAAUUAGUGAAAGUAAUGGUUUUUGUUUCCUGUUCUAUAUAAUAUGGAGACUUUAAUUGGGAGAAAAUGUAUUGUAUUAGUGUUAGCUUGUUUAACCAAGCUUCUAGGAA